UGUAUUUGGUUUGCGCGAUAAAGGUUUGCUCGGCCUGCUAGGUUUGAGAACAAUUCAAGUCAGUCUCCAGUCAUUAGGGUUUUCUUGUGUUAAUUGCCUAAGCAAAGAAUAUUUAAAUAACCAAUAAAGAAAGCGUUCAAAAUAUAGCUUCAACUUGAACAAUGGGGCAAAUGGAUGACCAUUAUCUUGAGUGGACCUUUUCAAGUUCAUUUACACCUCCGAAUGCCGCCUGUUAGCUCAAGACCAGCCAAUAAAUUCGUAGAUCAGCCCAGAAAGAGUCCGUAUGAUAAAUGACUUGGGUAAUUUUGAUAGUGUUUGCCGUUUCUGAACCUCUGUAAACACGUUUCAGGUUCUUUAUAUAGUCCGAAGUAAAUUGUUUUUUUUUCGGCUCUGUUUUGCCGAUUUAAGGACUCUCACCUGAUUGGCUCGUUCCAAUAUUGUACAUGAACUACAUGGCAAUUGAAUUGUUUAUAUAAAAAACUUUGUUGAGAAUUUAAAAAAAUGUAUAGAAGGGUUUAUUCCCGAGCUACGUGACCUUCGAGUACAGAGCUUUUUAUUCUUGACUACGGUAGUUCCGACAUCGCUAUACUAGAAGUCAGAGAAGACUUCAACAUCAAUCUAAAAAAAAAACAAAUUCAUAAACAAAGCGGGUUAGCGCGAUCAUUUCCAAAACAAAGCAAACCACGUAAAAAGCUUACUCGUCUCGUGAUGUUUGAAAUGAUGAAGGGCCAUGAAGAAGAUGAGCCGGACUUUUGCAUUCAGGAUCUCCUAGGGGAAGGCUCAUUCGCCAAGGUCUACAAAUGCAUCGAGAGGAAGACUCAAGCACCAUUUGCGCUGAAGGAAUUUGACACCAAAAACGAGGAAUAUGACGAGGGUACAGUACAAACGGAGAUCAAGAUUUGGAAAGACCUCCAACAUGACAGGAUAGUUCGGCUGUACGCGAGCUUCCGUACCGGCAAAUACCUCUACUUUGUAAUGGAUUUCCUGGCAGGGGGUAAUCUGCUGGAGGAUAUGCUGGGCAGGCAGAAGUACAGUGAGAAAGAAGCUGCAAGCUUGCUGCGCCAGAUACUCGAGGCCUUACAGUAUCUGCAUUCGCGAAAGAUUGUCCACCGUGACGUCAAACCAGACAAUAUACUGCUCAGCGGUAAACUCACUGGAGCGAAGCGCCCCGUCAUCGCUAAAAUCGGCGACUUCGGAUUCGCUGUCAAGUUACCACGUGACCGUGACGUCAUAUGCUGUCAGCCAAAAGGCGCGCCAAUGUACCUUGCACCGGAAACGAUACUGGAGGAUCCAAUUGGGUGCCCUGUGGAUUCAUGGUCUUGUGGCAUUUUGCUGCAUACUUUGAUCGUCGGUUAUCCGCCUUUUUGGAAUGAAGACAAUGAGAAGAUGCUUCUCGCUGCUGUACGAGGGCAGUUCUCUCUCACAAGCCCCUGCUGGAAUGGCGUAUCACAGCUCUGUAAAAAUCUCAUCAAGAACUUACUAACUGUCAAUUCUUCACAGAGAAUUACGCCAAUGAAUGCUCUCAAACACCCCUGGAUUUUCAAAAUGGCGUUAGCUUUGCCGGUGCCGCCGAGGAAAGAGAACAAGUUUCUUUCACAGCAGUCAUUGACCACGGGUCUAAAGAGCACGCUGUUGAAAAUGCACUCCAGCCUGAACAUGCAAUCCUUAGGGGUCAGCAGAUUGAAGGGCCGGUUCUUUCCUUUACACCAUUCCGCGCAGAACUUGACAGCUUUAAGUGGAAGCCUAUGAAUGGACUAUCGGCCCGUAGACUCUUUUGUCAGUGUAGGAAGUAGGAAUCUUUUGGUACGCUCCUGGUUUUGAGUCAUUUGCAGAUGCGAAUGACAGGUUCUUUCCAUCUGCGCGAGUUAUAUUCUUAUAACUAGCGAACAAAUUAUAUAAAAUUCACGUUUAGUUCAAAACGAUGCACAAUU